AGAAAGACGCCUUUCUUGUCACCUUCUUUUCUUUUCUCGUCAAAUCACAGCUCCCAAACUAGCUAUAGCGACAAAUCAAACAUCACAAUCAUCUCGUCACCACAUGAUUCUAAUGUUGGAAAUUUCAUUAGCAAGCAAGCAAAUUUUAAGCAACCAAGAGGAAAAUGAAAAUUUUAUACAAGCAACAGCGAGCUAAUGCAAUAUUAAAUUGUUGGGAAUGGUAGCUGCCGGAGUUAUGGUGUCAUUGAUACCAGGGAUCGGCUCCACUUGGCCAUUAAUGAAGAGCCCAUUUUUCAGGCGAUCGAGUACUAUCAGCCUCCGCUUCAUCAGCGAAAACACCAAGCGACUUGAGCAGCAGGGGCACGCCAUUCGCCGUUAUUUUAACCACCCUGGUUACCAGAUCCAAGAAGAAGGCCAGGUUGAUCGCCAUGAUUACAGAGUCUUCUUGCUUGAUAAUACUGGCAAAAAGAUUUCGCCUUGGCACGAUAUACCCCUACACGUUGGCAACGGCGCGUUCAAUUUUGUUGCUGAAAUUUCUAAAGAUUCAAACUUGAGAAUGGAGCUUGCCACCGAUGAACUAUACACCCCUCUCAAACAAGAUAAAAUAAGGGGUAGAAUUUGAUGCAAUAUGAAGUGGAAUUAUGGAUUGCUUCCUCAAACUUGGGAAGAUCCUUCAUCUGCAAAUCCAGAAGUUGAGGGCGCAUUUGGAGAUAAUGAUCCUGUUGAUGUUGUUGAGAUUGGGAGCACCUCUGCCAAGGUUGGUGAGGUUUUGAGAGUCAAGCCACUAGCUACUCUUGCACUGAUUGAUGAGGGUCAACUUGAUUGGAAAAUAAUAGCUGUUUCCCUGGAUGAUCCAAUAUGUUCUCUCGUUGAUGAUGUUCAUGACAUUGAAAAAUAUUUUCCGGCCACUCUAACUGCGAUCAGCGAGUUUUUUAGAGACUAUAAGAUCUGUGAUGGAAUACCUGGCAACAAGUUUGGUCUAGGAAACAAGCCAGCUAACAAGGAUUAUGCCGUCAAGGUUAUCAGGGAAACCAAUGAAGCUUGGACUAAACUUGUUACAAGGUCUAUCCCUGCGGGUGAGCUCUCACUUGCAUAAGCGUAAUUAUGGAGUGUUUGAGCCAUUAUUGUGUCUCGUAUCCUUGGCAAAAACAGAAAUGACCGGAAAUCUCCCACUGGAUUCUUUUUCUGUAACAAAUGUUGAUGAUGAUAAUAAGCUUGUCAGUCAUGACAAAACCUGGUGUUUUAGCAAAUAUGAUUGAUUGCACACAAGGGCUCUCAAAUCAAUUGUUGAAUCACAUGGCGA